UGCCACGUAGUUGAAACUUCCUUGUCGGGUCGCAGACCCCAUCAGAGGAGAGACAAAGGCCAGAAACAAUCGCGGACGUCUUUGAAGGAAGCAACAUAAAACAGUGGUAAUUACUGGUUACAAUUUGACAUCAAGUCUCAUUUUUCUGCGGCAGAUGAGAAAUGCAGGGUGCAGUUUUCUUCCAGAAACUUUUUGGAUGCUCGGCCUGGAGGCGUUCCAGCUUGAUGAUGAAACACGACCAGGUUCACGAUCAGGGCAGCUUCCAGAGCAGCUUCCAGAGCACUUCAGCUUUCCAUUCCAGCACAAUAUACCCCCACUGAUUUCUUUUACAACAGACCAGACCACCCAACCCAGACAGCUAAAUCUAUUUCUGGUUAAAAAGUUAUGCACAGUUUGUAAGCAGUAGGGUUGAUAUGGGAGCGAGCUGCGCCUGCUGAGGGCUAUUUAUGGAUAAUUAGGACGUAGACAGGCAACCUCGAGUAGGCUCAUCACAAACGAGGAGCAUCAACAAGGUGGUUGCCAUGGUUACGCGGUUGCAGUGACGACCCUCCGGGCUGAAGGGGCUUCAGAGCAGUUUGGGGGUAUACUCUGCACACGUACACAAGAUAUAUUAACAAGACGUUUCAUUUUUGUUAGCUGGGUCCUGCAGUACCUUCUACUGUUUUGUUUUGCUUAGCAGGCCUGCUGAGAAGAAGCCUGUUGCAUAUUAGUGAACCAUGAUGCAGCUUUGAAGAUCCUCAAAGAAAAAAUGGGCUGCCCUGUUCUGGUCCUUCCCACUGCAGUGUCCACUCUUGGCGGCCUGGUAUUUGGCUAUGAGCUUGGGAUAAUCUCUGGUGCCUUGAUGCAGCUCCAAGCCCAGUUCCAUCUGAGCUGUGUCCAGCAGGAGACCGUGGUCAGCGCUCUUCUCAUUGGGGCUGUCUUUGCUUCUUUGAUCGGUGGUUGGCUGAUCGACCACCAUGGCAGGAGGACUUCCAUCCUGCUCAGCAAUCUUCUCAUUCUUGGAGGCAGCCUGAUCCUUAGCUGUAGCAGCUCCUUCCUGAUGCUAGUCGUUGGCCGGCUCUUGGUGGGCUUCGCCAUAUCCAUAUCUUCGAUAUCCUGCUGCAUCUUUGUGUCUGAGAUGGUUCCCUCAUAUCGCAGGGGUCUGAUGGUCACUCUGUAUGAAGCUGGCAUCACUGUUGGGAUCUUGCUGGCUUAUGCGGUCAACUAUAUGCUCUCUGGUGCCCAGGGUGGAUGGAGAUACAUGUUUGGGUUUGCCAUUGCGCCAUGCCUUGUGCAGCUAGCCUCUGUUUGGGUUCUACCAUCACAGCAUGAGAGCAUGGUUCAACUUAUACAAGAGAGUCAAAGCUGCAGUGAUGGUGCUGAAGAAGGGACUUCAAGCCAAGAGUUAACAGAGAAAAAGCGAUACACCAUCCUGCAUCUCUUUCAGCAAGAAGAUAACAUGCGCACAAGGACGAUAAUUGGUCUCGGACUCGUGCUCUUCCAGCAGUUCACAGGUCAGCCGAACGUGCUCUUCUACGCCUCCACCAUCUUCCGCUCUGUGGGAUUCAGGGAUUAUGCCUCGGCUGUGCUGGCCUCAGUCGGCCUUGGGAUUGUUAAAGUCAUUUCGACCUCAGUGGCGAUGCUCUGUGCAGACAAGGCCGGCCGGAGGCUGCUUCUGAUCAGUGGCUGCUCGGUGAUGGCUGUAGGUUUGAUAUUUAUUGGAUUCUUGAGCAGGAAUUCUCUGUUUGACACAAGACACUGUAGCUCUGAGAUGCACCCAAAUGACACCAUACUAUCUGAAAACCUCACUGAACUGUUGAAGAUUACAAAUGGUACCAUUGAUGCUGGACGUUCAGAUGCGCCUGCAGCUCCUUGUGCUGCGGGGAAUUUCAACUGGCUCAUUUUGAUCUGCAUGAUGUCAGUCGUCAGCGCCUUUUCUGUUGGGUUUGGGCCAAUGACUUGGCUGGUCCUGAGUGAAAUAUUCCCAGCAGACGUGAGGGGACGAGCCUUUGCGUUCACCAACUGCUUCAACUGGGUGGCCAACCUGAUAGUAACCUUCUCUUUUUUGAGCGUAAUAGAUAUGAUCGGCCUUUCUGGAGUGUUCUUUAUUUAUGGAGUGGUUGCAGUGGCGGCUGUUGUUUUCAUCUAUUUUCUGCUACCAGAAACUAAAGGCAAAUCUCUCCACGACAUCGACAAGGAGCUCUGUGAAAGACGAUUUCCUCACAGAGAGGACUUUUGCAGAAUCUUCAGAAGGCACCGCUCACCUGGCUAUCAAAGAGUGUCUUGGGGAAAUUCAUCAGGAUGAUAUUCAAAAAUUGUUCACAUCGGUGUGGCCACUUAAUCCACCAGCGAAGAUCUGGACCUUUACUGUAACAGUAAUAAAUCACUUUUUUAACAUUGCUUUAUUUAGGAAAUUAGCUCUGCACCAUGUUAUUUAUUGCAUCUGCACAAAGUAUUAAAGAAAAUGUCAAGUAAUUCCUGCAUAUUGCAUUCCAAGAGGCCGGGCUUAGACUGGCUCCUGUAACGCGCAGCUUCUGAAAUGGUUUUCAGCACUGCUGGAUUGAUUAGCUUUGGUGGGAUGGUGUUUAUCUUUGAUACAUGAUAAAAAGCCUUCUCUAAAACAAUAAAAAUAAAUCAGAUCCACUCUUGUAGAGCUAUGCUUUCACUCCAGCAGGUCCAAGCCAGUGGCAUUCAGCUCAUGCGCAGACACAAUCUGCGUUGGGUUAACCUUAUAUUUUAAGCUUAAAACCAAAACAGUGUGGUUUUGAAACAUCCUUGCUUGAAAAAAACUAUUUAGGGUUUCUUUUGGUUUUGUAAUGUGUUUUGGCUUUUUAAAUGGGUUGAUAUCACAAUGAAUAGGAUCCUCAUGGAUCCUGGUUUAACAGGUUACCAAUAUCUUAUUCGAGAUGCAUCUAGAGGAAACUGUUGGUCUCUAUUGGAAACCACGCAGCCAACUCCCAUUAGAAAGUAAACCACUAUGUUUAAUUAGAAUGGCUUCUAAUGGCCCCUUUUUAGCAGGAUAGACAUUAACUGUGUAAAUAUAAAACUACAGCUUAUGCGGCCUGGAUAAGCUAAUAGGUUAUAUACAUAGGUACGUAUUUCUGUGGUUACGUAGACACCCCAUAAACGGACAGGAGUACAGUGGUCUGCGGAACAAAGUGGAAAUCACUUGUAUAUUCGGAAUGACAUCCCUUCCUGAACAUCAGUGACGUUAUAAGUGAGGAGACCUGCCACUCGUUGAAAUAUGAAUUGGAACGGUCAAUUUUCCUAUUAGGACUUUGUUUAUGUGGCACAGUCGCACUGUCCUACUGCGCAUGCGUUCAACUGGCCUGAAACUGCGGCUCUGCAAUCGUUUCUCACACUCCCAGCCGUCCGGAAAGACAGAAAAUGAUGUACACUUGCGAUAAAUAAAACACGUUUAUUUACACAAAUAUCCUGAAAUACUACUCAUCUACAUUAGGACAUACACAUAUGUACAACCAUGUUUGAGACUCAUAUUUUAAUUUUCUGAAGGACGCAUGUUCUACCAGGUCGAAACAGCUCGCGAUGAGGAAAUGCAUUUACAUAUACUCAUAUUAGGGAUGUACAUCAGUAUCGGAAUAAACAAAUAUCCAUGAUGAGUUUUCAUGUUCACUGUG